CUCUGCCGCUGCCACAGGCACUACCAGUUGGCAUUCCAGUUCUCAAUAUGGGAUAAGAUUAAGGAGCUGGAGUCGGCCAGUAAGCAAGUGCUGACCAACUUGGCGCAGCUUCUCGUACACUUGAUCAUGGAGAAGGCUUUACCCUUAUCUAUACUUAAGAUAAUACAAUUUUCUGAUCUUAACAAGAAGUCAGUGCGCUUCAUGCGUCAGAUUCUAUUAGCUGUGAUCAUGAACGCUGAUCUCCAGCUGUCUCUCGAGGUGUUCCACAGGAUAUCCAAGUCUCCGAAGCUCCACAUGUUCCGUGAAAGCCUACGGCUAUUUAUACAGCAUUUCCUUAUUAAGAACGCAGGCAAAAAGAGUACUAUACUAAGUGAAGAUGAAAUGGCAACAUUGAAAGAACGAGCCUCAGAAGUUGAUAAAAUAUUGACUUUACACGAAUCUAAACUUAAGUUUUGAAAUAAACUUUUUAUAA